UCAGUCCCUUGCUUUCCGCGGCUUCAGGCGACGCUGGAGCCCGCCCACCUGAGAUGGUAGCUGCUGGCGUUCGUCACGCAGAGUCCUGCGCUUGACCGGAGGGCCUGCCUGGGGCUGGCUGCCCUCAGGAGCGCGUUCUGAGACUGAAAGUACAGUCAAAUGGGUGUUGGUGACUACCUCAUGGCAGCAGUGUCAUUUCAUCGGCUUAGCUGGAACUGCACCGUGGAAGCCACCUUCAGUGAUUUUAUAGGUCAGUCCUGCUUCUGGGAUCCAACUUUAUGUUGUGGUUAAGAAAUGCUUCACAUCCCUCAGGCUGAACCACAAGACAGAUGUACUUACGUUACCAAGAAAUAUUUCAGUAGAUUUGAAGAAUGAAGAGGAAUAACAUCUCCGCUGUGAAUAAAGUUGUCCAGUCAUCGCCUGUAGUGAAGCAGCCCAAACGUGGGCUCUGCACAUCCCUCCGUCAGACUCACAUGCCCUCUGUCCUUCUGGACUGGGGCACUCUACCUCACCACGUCAUAUUGCAGAUUUUUCAGUAUCUUCCUUUAAUAGAUCGAGCCAGAGCUUCUUCGGUGUGCAGGCGAUGGAAUGAAGUGUUCCACAUUCCCGAUCUUUGGAGGAAGUUUGAGUUUGAGCUGAACCAAUCGGCAACUUCUUAUUUUAAGUCCACUCAUCCUGACCUCAUUCAACAGAUCAUCAAAAAGCAUGCCGCCCAUCUUCAGUAUGUCAGCUUUAAGGUGGACAGCAGUACUGAGUCAGCGGAAGCCGCCUGUGAUAUCCUUUCUCAGCUGGUAAAUUGUUCUAUCCAGACCCUGGGAUUGAUUUCAACAGCCAAACCAAGUUUCAUGAAUGUGCCAAAGUCUCACUUUGUGUCAGCACUGACAGUCGUGUUUGUCAACUCAAAAUCGUUAUCAUCGAUUAAGAUUGAGGACACGCCAGUGGAUGACCCUUCCCUGAAGAUUCUUGUGGCUAACAACAGCGACACCCUGCGGCUCCUUAAAAUGAGUAGCUGCCCUCACGUUUCAUCUGAUGGGAUCCUCUGUGUGGCGGACCACUGUCAGGGCCUCCGAGAGCUGGCACUGAAUUACUACAUUCUGAGUGAUGAACUUCUCCUCGCGCUCUCCAGUGAGACUCACGUCAACCUUGAACAUCUCCGGAUAGACGUUGUGAGUGAAAACCCCGGACAGGUCAAGUUCCACUCUAUUAAGAAGCACAGCUGGGACGCCCUCAUCAAACACUCCCCAGGAGUGAACGUUGUCAUGUACUUCUUCUUAUACGAAGAAGAGUUUGAGACCUUCUUCAAAGAGGAAACCCCCGUCACUCACCUUUAUUUCGGGCGUUCAGUAAGCAGAACCAUCCUGGGCCGGAUUGGGCUUAACUGCCCAAGGCUGAUAGAGUUAGUGGUGUGUGCUAAUGGCCUUCAGCCCCUGGACAGCGAGCUCAUCCGUAUUGCUGAGCGUUGUAAAAACCUAACGGCCUUGGGCCUGAGUGAGUGUGAAGUGAGCUGCAGUGCGUUCGUUGAGUUCGUGAGACUCUGUGGCAGAAGGCUCACCCAGCUGUCUAUCAUGGAGGAAGUUCUGGUCCCUGACGACAGAUACACGCCAGAUGAAGUCCACACUGAAGUCUCUAAGCACCUGGGCAGAGUGUGGUUCCCGGAUGUGAUGCCUGUCUGGUAACCAGCUACCAAAGAUGCCGAAUUUUCUCUUAGUAGUAGGGUUAGCUGUUGUCUGUGCACACAAAUGUAAAUGUUGAGAGGAGCUGCUGAGGUAAUUGAGGUUGAAUAGUUACUGUUUGCAAGUUAUCUCAGUUGGUUGCUACAGAAUCAUUUGAAAACAACAUAACAAAUUUGAAUAGACAGAUCUUUGUCAGUAGGACACAGACACUGUGUGUAUUAGAUGUUCAAUAGGGUAGACUACAGAUGUCUAAGAGUUACACAGAUAGACUGCUCAACCUUUGCAGGCAUAUUUUAGCUUACUAAGUAAAUUUAUGUUAAGCUUAUAACUAAUAUGUAAUUAUAAUGUACAAUAUUAGAUCCUUUUAAGUG